GAGCGCGAGCGGCGGGCUCUCGGGUCUUUUUUAGCGCCAUCUGCUCGCGGCGCCGCCUCCUGCUCCUCCCGCCGCCGCCCUGAGUCACUGCCUGCGCAGCUCCGGCCGCCUGGCUCCCCGUGCUAACCACCGAUACUUGGAGUUCUUACAACAUGGCAGACAUUGACAACAAAGAACAGUCUGAACUUGAUCAAGAUUUGGAUGAUGUUGAAGAAGUAGAAGAAGAAGAAACUGGUGAAGAAACAAAAAUCAAAGCGCGUCAGCUGACUGUUCAGAUGAUGCAAAAUCCUCAGAUUCUUGCAGCCCUUCAAGAAAGACUUGAUGGUCUGGUAGAAACACCAACAGGAUACAUUGAAAGCUUGCCUAGGGUAGUUAAGAGACGAGUGAAUGCUCUCAAAAACCUUCAAGUUAAAUGUGCACAGAUAGAAGCCAAAUUCUAUGAGGAAGUUCAUGAUCUUGAAAGAAAGUAUGCUGUUCUCUAUCAGCCUCUAUUUGAUAAGCGAUUUGAGAUCAUUAAUGCAAUUUAUGAACCUACAGAAGAGGAAUGUGAAUGGAAACCAGAUGAGGAGGAUGAAAUUUCGGAGGAGCUGAAAGAAAAAGCCAAGAUUGAAGAUGAGAAAAAAGAUGAAGAAAAAGAAGACCCCAAGGGAAUUCCUGAAUUCUGGUUGACUGUUUUUAAGAAUGUUGACUUGCUCAGUGAUAUGGUUCAGGAACAUGAUGAACCUAUUCUGAAGCACUUAAAAGAUAUUAAAGUGAAGUUCUCAGAUGCUGGCCAGCCCAUGAGUUUUGUCUUAGAAUUUCACUUUGAACCCAAUGAAUAUUUCACAAAUGAAGUGUUGACAAAGACAUACAGGAUGAGGUCGGAACCAGAUGACUCUGAUCCCUUUUCUUUUGAUGGACCAGAAAUUAUGGGUUGUACAGGGUGCCAGAUAGAUUGGAAAAAAGGAAAGAAUGUCACUUUGAAAACCAUUAAGAAGAAGCAGAAACACAAGGGACGUGGGACAGUUCGUACUGUGACCAAAACAGUUUCCAACGACUCUUUCUUUAAUUUUUUUGCCCCUCCUGAAGUUCCCGAGAGUGGAGACCUGGAUGAUGAUGCUGAAGCUAUCCUUGCCGCAGACUUUGAAAUUGGUCACUUUUUACGUGAGCGUAUAAUCCCAAGAUCAGUGUUAUACUUUACUGGAGAAGCUAUUGAAGACGAUGAUGAUGAUUAUGAUGAAGAAGGUGAAGAAGCGGAUGAGGAAGGGGAAGAAGAAGGAGAUGAGGAAAAUGAUCCAGACUAUGACUCAAAGAAGGAUCAAAACCCAGCAGAGUGCAAGCAGCAGUGAAGCAGGAUGUAUGUGGCCUUGAGGAUAACCUGCACUGGUCUACCUUCCGCUUCCCUGGAAAGGAUGAAUUUACAUCAUUUGACAAGCCUAUUUCAAGUUUUUUUGUUGUUAUUUGUUUGUUUGCUUGUUUUUGGUUUUGCAGCCUAAAAUAAAAAUGUCAUAUAAUUUUA